AUGAGUGAUAAGAGGCAAGGGAGACUGAAAACAAAAGUGUAUGAAGAUUCAGCACAAACCCGAAAAUCUCGGAAGCUCAUCACAUUGGAAGAAUUCUUCCCCAGAAAAUUCUUUCAAAAUGACUUAGCCGAGGCUGUCCACACAGUUUCUCGUUGCGAAAUCCAGGACGAAAAAGAGGACGUUGACCAUGGUGAUCCAAAAGAGACCGUGUCAUCCUUGGAGGAACUCCAAUCUCAGGUCGAUGAAGUUGAACCCUUGCAAUCCUCCACAUCACCAAAAGAAGUGCUCACCCAAGCUCUUGAGGAGCCAGAGAUAUACGCCCCUCAUACCAAUACGCUUCAACAAAUACAGGGAUGUUACGCAUGCUCUCCAGAUUUAACUUUCACUGAUAAGGAUCUAUUGUUAGGCUCUAAGCCCCACAAUCGCCCACUCUAUGUCUCUGGUUAUGCUCGUGAACAAAGGAUCGAGCGUAUCCUUGUGGAUGGAGGUUCAGCCGUUAACAUACUUCCAAAAAUGACCAUGAAACGACUGGGUUUUACUAGGGAAGAAUUAUCACACAGUCGUUUGGUCAUCCAAGGUUUUAAUCAAGGAGGACAACGUGCAAUCGGCGUGAUCCACCUAGAAUUAUCCAUUGGGGAAUUGAAAAGCAACGUCUUGUUCCACGUCAUUGACGCUAGGACGACCUACAACAUGUUGUUAGGACGUCCUUGGAUCCAUGAAAAUGGAAUAGUGCCAUCAACUUUGCAUCAAUGCUUCAAGUUCUUUCAAAAUGGAAUAAAAAAGGUCGAUGCCGAUUUAAAGCCUUUUGCAGAAACCGAAGCUCAUUUUGCUGAUGCAAAAUUCUAUGCAAAAGAAGACAUUUCUAGCGAGGUUCUUCCAAUUGAGAUCCCGUCUAUGAAAAGUAAACAGGAUGAAAAGGAGCAUGUUAAAUUCAUCGCCAAAAAGGACAUUUCUUCCCCAAAGAAAGGCCUAGAGCCCUUCCUCCGGUAUAUACCAUUAUCACAUCGCAAAAAUGGACAAUCACCAUUCACAGAAUGCCUUCAACCUACAAAAGACAUGGGAAGACCUGCAAAGCUCACGAUGGAGGAUGUAGCCAUAUUGAAAGAAAAUCAUGUCAUGCCUUUAACUUCAUCCACAAACCCUUUGCCCUCGAAGCCAUUAAAUGGAUUCGUGAGGUCUUCGCAAAGCCCGAUAGAGCAUGGUAUUCUACCAAGUGAGCGGACGAAAGAAUGGUUCGACCCAAAGGCAUAUAGGCUGUUAGCCAAAGCAGGCUACGAUUUCUCAAAACAAGAAGACUUAGGGAGGCUAAUUCCAGAAGCCACCGGAGAAAAGAUGCAUGGCCUUAGCAAAACACAAAGGAAAAUGCGGCUUGAAGGGCAUGAAAUUCAUAUCCCAAAGACCGGAUUAGGUUAUACUCCCGAACAACCAGCUCAGAUAUGGAUCAAGAAAAGAAGCGAUCCUUCAAGUUCCCAAUACAUAACGGUGGAGGUCGGCGAAAGUUCAAAUCAAAGAGAAAACCAUUCUUCACCCCAUGUCUCAGUGUUUGAUCGCAUCGAGGCCUCGUCAUCACGAAUCACAGUGUUCGACAGGUUAAAUACAACUUGUUUAACACCAAAUCGGGACACUCUUGCUUGUAAAUCAGUCUUUGAUCGAUUGGGGGCAACGAAAAGGCCUAUUGAUAGUCAUUCUCAAAGUUCAAUAAACUUUGACGUUCAAGGGGAGAAGAAAGCCAAUGAUGAGAUCCGCAGUAGCAUUCCUUCACGCAUGAAACGUAACUUUACCUUGGAGAUCAACACUGAAGGAUCGCUCAAAGUCAAAAGACGAACGAUUGUACAUACAAGUCAGUCACCCGUCCAUGAUGAGGAGAUUGAAGAGGUAUCAUCCUCGUUUCAUAUUACAAUAGAAGAGGGUACACUAUUAGAUGCUGAAGCAACCAAUGAAGAGGUCGAUGAAGCUCCUCCAGCCUUGGAAGAUGGAGGACAAGCUACAGUUGAUGAACUUAAAGAGAUCAAUUUAGGAACUGUUGAAGAACCCCGGCCAACUUUCAUCAGUGCGCUUCUUACCCCUGAAGAAGAAGAAGGAUACCUCAAGCUCCUAGUAGAGUACAAAGAUGUGUUCGCUUGGACUUACAAGGAAAUGCCUGGGCUCAAUCCGAGUAUUGCUCUACAUCAUUUGGCAGUAAAGAAAGGCGUGCGCCCAGUCAAACAAGCUCAAAGACGGUUUCGGCCAGAGCUUAUACCUCAAAUAGAAACCGAGGUCAAUAAGCUCAUUGAAGCAGGCUUCAUUCGUGAAGUGCAGUACCCGGAAUGGAUCGCUAACAUCGUCCCUGUCAAGAAGAAGAAUGGACAAAUCCGAGUGUGCGUUGACUUCCGUGAUUUGAACAAUGCAUGUCCCAAAGAUGAUUUUCCAUUACCCAUCACUGAGGUCAUGGUUGAUGCCACUACCGGUCAUGAAGCUUUAUCUUUCAUGGAUGGAUCUUCGGGUUACAACCAAAUUCGAAUGAAUCCUAAGGAUGAGCAGCUUACAGCUUUCCGUACCCCUAAGGGAAUUUACUGUUACAAAGUGAUGCCUUUUGGACUAAAGAAUGCUGGUGCUACUUAUCAACGGGCCAUGCAGAAGAUCUUUGAUAAUGUACUUCAUAAAUACGUGGAGUGUUAUGUCGAUGAUUUGGUGGUUAAAACAAAAAGGAGGGAAGACCAUCUGGCAGAUCUACGAUCCGUGUUCACCCGACUGAGAAAGUAUCAGCUUAAAAUGAACCCCCGCAAAUGCGCUUUUGGUGUAACAUCUGGAAAAUUUCUUGGUUUCAUUGUGAGGCACCGCGGUAUUGAAAUUGACCAGUCCAAAAUUGAAGCUAUCCAGAAAAUGCCAGAGCCCAAGAAUCUACGAGAACUUAGAGGCUUGCAGGGAAAACUGGCCUACAUACGACGAUUUAUCUCAAAUUUGGCCGGUCGAUGUCAACCUUUCAAUAGAUUGAUGAAAAAGGAUGUGCACUUUGAAUGGGAUGAGGCUUGUAGCAAUGCUUUUGUGCUCAUCAAAAGGUACUUGCUUAAUCCUCCAGUUUUAGGUGCUCCUAUCCCAGGAAAGCCUUUGGUGCUGUAUAUUGCAGCCCAAGAAAAGUCUCUAGGUGCUCUUAUGGCACAGGAAAAUAAAGAGGGGAAAGAAAGAGCCCUCUAUUAUCUAAGUCGAACUCUCAAUGGGGCUGAAUUAAAUUAUUCUCCUAUCGAAAAGAUGUGCCUCGCUCUUUUCUUUGCCAUAGACAAACUGGAGCACUACAUGCAAGCAUAUACAGUCCGUUUGAUAGCAAAGGCGGAUCCGAUCAAAUAUGUCCUCUCCAGGCCAGUGGUUUCGGGUCGUAUAGCUCGAUGGGCAGUCUUGCUACAACAAUAUGACCUUGCAUACAUUCCACAAAAAGCUGUCAAAGGACAAGCAUUGGCAGAUUUCUUAGCUGAUCACCCAGUUCCAUCUGAUUGGGAGUUCUCCGAUGAUUUCCCGGAUGAAGAUGUGUUUUACAUUGAAGAAAUGCCACCAUGGAUUAUGCUUUUCGAUGGGGCUGCACGUCGAGAAGGAGCGGGGGCAGGUGUAGUGUUUGUUUCUCCACAAAGACAAAUACUUCUGUACUCGUUCUCAUUAAAAGAACUUUGCUCUAACAAUGUAGCUGAAUAUCAAGCAUUGAUUAUUGGUCUACAAAUGGCCAUUGAGAUGGGCAUAGCUCAGCUUGAAAUCUUUGGGGAUUCCAAAUUAAUUAUCAACCAAAUCUUGGAGCAAUAUGACGUCAAGAAAGAAGACCUCAUCCCCUAUUGCAAAUAUGCGAAGAAAUUACUAGCAAACUUUGAGGCCAUCACAUUGGAGCAUAUAACAAGGAAGGAGAAUAGACAGGCCGAUGCUUUAGCUAAUUUGGCUACUGCCUUAGCAUUAUCCCAAGAAGAGACAACCAAAGUCGCUAUUUCCCAAAGGUGGGUGGUACCUCUCGUGGUUGAAGAAGAAGAAGAAGAGCAAGCCAACAUCAUUUCUGUAUGCCUUGUCGAAAAAGAAGAUUGGCGACAAGUGAUCAUUGAAUACCUUCAACAUGGAAGACUCCCGGAUGAUAAACGCCACAGGACUGAAAUUCGGCGGAGGGCUGCUCGAUUCAUUUACUAUAAAGACACUCUCUUCCGCCGUUCAUUUGAUGGAUUGUUUCUCCGUUGCUUAGGAGAGGAGGAGGCUAAACAAGCCUUAGAAGAGGCUCAUUCUGGCAUAUGCGGUGCACAUCAGUCAGGUCCUAAGUUACACUAUAGGAUCAAACGAAUGGGUUACUAUUGGCCUACAAUGGUGCAAGAUUCUAUGGAAUGCGCUAAGAAGUGCGAAGCUUGUCAAUAUCACGCGAACUUCAUCCAUCAGCCGCCAGAACCUCUACACCCAAUUGUAGCUUCUUGGCCUUUUGAUGCAUGGGGUCUUGAUGCAAUAGGGCCAUUACCAAAGUCAUCCGGUGGCCACUUGUACAUCUUGGCCGCAACUGACUACUUCUCAAAAUGGGCGGAAGCUGUACCCCUUAGGGAAGUGAAGAAAGAAACGGUGGUCAAUUUCAUUCGAACUCAUUUGAUCUAUCGGUAUGGUGUCCCUCGGUAUAUCAUAACUGAUAAUGGCAAACCAUUCUGCAAUAGGCUGAUGACAGAGCUAUGCGAGAAGUUUGAAUUUAAACAAUACAACUCUUCCAUGUACAAUGCCCCGGCAAAUGGACUAGCUGAAGCGUUUAACAAAACACUUGGCAGUUUGUUGAAAAAAGUGGUAUCCAAGACAAAGCGAGACUGGCAUGAAAGAAUCGGAGAAGCAUUAUGGGCAUAUCGAACAACAUUUCGAACGCCUACUCAAGCAACGCCAUAUUCUCUUGUCUACGGAGUUGAAGCCGUCCUUCCUUUAGAACGCCAAAUCCCAUCAUUGCGGAUUGCCAUUCAAGAAGGAUUGACUGGAGAAGAAAAUGCCAAGCUCAGGUUGCAAGAAUUAGAGGCACUUGAUGAAAAAAGGCUUGAGGCCCAACAACGCCUUGAAUGCUAUCAAGCUCGUCUUUCAAGCGCAUUCAAUAAAAGGGUCAAACCACGAUCAUUCCAAGUUGGUGACUUAGUCCUCGCCGUUCGAAGACCUAUCAUCACAACUCAUCGUACAGGCAAUAAGUUCACUUCAAAAUGGGAUGGACCUUAUGUUGUGCAAGAAGUCUACACCGAUGGAGCUUACAAGUUGAUUGAUAAUGAUGGUGUAAGGAUCGGCCCCAUCAAUGGGAAGUUCCUCAAACGCUUCUAUGCUUGAAAAUCAAGAAUUGCUCCUCGGUAAGAGCUUAAACUACCCACUGUAGCGCUGCAAGAGUACAUGAUGUCUUCCCAUUACCCUUCAAAGCGUACCAAUAAGGAGAAAUUAAUCUCACUCCAUGUCAACAAUUGCGAGUGUGGCGUAGCGGUUGGACGCCCGUGUCACCCUUGAGGCCAUCUCGGGUUCGAUCAGUGGUGAUACCCACUAUUACACACUGCGCC